AUGCUCAGAAAAGCUGAAGAAGAAAUCAAAAGAAAGGCUGAAGAAGCCGAAGUUGCCAGAGCACUUCAAGACUUUGAGAAUACUUUCCAGAAGUCUAACAAAAUCGAUAGAACAUGGGUUAAAGGUGGAGUAGUUAAACCCGGUAGUGGUGAGGAAAAGGUUGGAGCUGGUCCUUCAGUCUACAAGCCUGUUUCGAAGUUUGGCGAUAAAUCAAAAACCUUGGAGGUAGGAAAGGUGGAGAACAAAACAGAGGGCGCAAAGAAACCUAUUAUCGGGAGGAAAGGUCAAACCAAAAAGAUGACCAAUCUAGAAUUAUUCAAAGAGGAAUUAAAAAGUAUUCAACAGCAACGAGAACAGCGCCAUCAACUUAGACAGCAGAAUCGGGCCAAGGGUAUAUCUGAUUCAAAAAUGCCUCCUGCUAUGCCCCCUUCUGAACUUUCCCUUGAUUUUGAAGAUAUUGAUAAAAGAACUCGACUUCGAGAUUAUGGUUACCCAUACGAUGAAGAUUCUGAUAAAUCAUCUACAAAUCUUUUCCUCGGUAAUUUGUGUCCAAAAAUGACGGAACAGCAGCUCUGUGAUGUUUUUGGUCGCUACGGGCCCUUGGCUAGUGUUAAAAUAAUGUGGCCAAGAACGGAGGAACAGCGUGCCGUUGCUAGAAAUUGUGGAUUUGUGGCUUACAUGAAUCGGUCAGAUGCGGAACGGGCGCUGGAGAAUCUCCGUGGGAAGGAGUUUAUGGGCUAUGAAAUGAAGUUGGGUUGGGGCAAAACUGUACCUAUUCCAGCCUUCCCCGUUUAUGUCCCCCCUCCCCUUCUCGAAUUAAUCACACCCCCUUCUCAGUCUGGUCUUCCUUUCAAUGCCCAACCUAGAGAUUGGCUCAAGUCCAACCUACCAGUUGUCAAGGAGCAGGCAACGAUGGCCACUGAUCCUCCAGAAAAUGGUGACUCCACAACGUCAUCAUCAACCUCAGAUAAAUUUCCGUUUAACAUCCACACUAUGCCAAAGGAAACCUUCAAUAAAGUUUUAGAAGAGGCUGUUGUGAAAGUCAUAAUUCCUACCGACAGAGCAAUUCUAACCACAAUUCAUCGACUAAUUGAAUUUGUUGUCCGCGAGGGACCUCAAUUUGAAGCUGCUAUUAUGAAUAAAGAGGAGAGGAAUCCCCAAUACAAGUUUCUCUUUGAUUAUCAGACUCCGGAACAUCUUUACUAUCGGUGGAAACUCUGGUCGAUUCUUCAUGGUGAAUCCGUAAACAAGUGGAGCUCAGAGGAGUUUCGAAUGUACGAGGGAGGACCAUUGUGGAGACCGCCCCCUGCUAAUUUCUUCGCCACAGGAAUGCCUGAGGAGUUAGUCGAGCCCGCUAAUUAUCCUGUCGCUCCUGGUUACUCGGGAAAGGAUGAUGCCGCUGAGGCUGAACUUCACAAUGAAGCCCUUCGGCGUGGAGCAAGUGGUGAUCGCGGUACAUCGUCUGGUCUCACUCAAGCACAACGGGAUCGUCUCACUGUCUGGAUCAAUGAUCUCGAACCCUCACGAGCUCAAAUAGGUGAUGUCAUGGUCUGGUGCCUUGAGCACGCUGAUGCUGCUCCUGGUAUCGUGGACAUUAUCGCCAAAUCACUGAAACGGAAAUCUGCCAGCGAAGUGCCUACACAGAGUGAUAGCAGUGAAAAUGAAUUCGCAUUGAAACCACCAACAUCUAUUCCGUCCGCAAUGGCUAGACUCUUCCUGGCCUCGGAUAUUCUCUACAAUUCGGGGGCAAAAGUGUCUAAUGCAUCGUUCUAUCGAAAAUGUUUUGAAAAUCGGUUGCUCGAGAUGUUCACUGAUCUUGGCACCUUAUACCGCGAUUUGGAGGGGAAAUUGAAGACGGAGCAAAUGAAGGUUAGCUGCUUGCAAUUUUUACUGCGGAUCACCAAAGCGAAGACGGGAGGAGAUUUGGACGAAGACGAGCUGGCAGGAGUGCCUCUGGAUGGUGAAUCGCGUCCUGCUACUGCCGAAAUGACUACGAUUGAUGGAAAUGUUGAAUCCCUUGAUGGUGCUCCUUUAGUUCAAUAUGAUGGGGAUCCAUUGGAUGUUGAUGGUAGCCCACUGGCUCCUGAAGGAAAUGCUGGUGCUGAAGACGAUGACGUUUUUGAUGGUGUUCCAUUGGAUAUAAGCUCUCUGAAUGCUCCCGAAGCAGGUAAACCAAAGACUUCAUCAGCUCCUCUCUUUGUUCCCUCAAAAUGGGAAUCUGUUGAUCCCGACAAGGCAGUUGAAGAAGCUGUGACGUCAAAUCGGUGGGAUUUAUUCGUGGACCCUAAUGCUGCUGAAUCUCCUGCCGAUCAAGUGGCGGAAGCGGGAGUAUCGAAACCUGACAGUGACGAGGAUGUAGAUGGAAGACCCCUUGAUACACUUUGUGCAUCCGGAAUGGGUCUUGUUGCGUACGACGACGAUGAUGCAAUAUCCCCUGUACUUUCACCUCAACAAAAUACAUCUGAAGUUCCUUCAUCCUCUUCCCAGUUUGCGAAUGAACCAAUGUCUGAUGCCCGAAGACAAGCUCUGCGAGAAAUUGAAGUGAAAGUUCUGAAAUAUCAAGAUGAAUUAGAGUCAGCGAAACGACGAGGAGAUUCUGUUACUUCUGAGGACGCCAUUAAACAGGUGGGCUGA